AUGUCUGAGAGGUUUAGCGAGUUUGCGGAGAAGUACCACCUGGUGCAGGCGUACCGCACCUCCUUGAGAGCUGCCAUGACGGCGUGGGGGUGGCUACAGGAGCGUGCGUGGCCUGUGUACUCCACCGGCGUCAUCCUCUCCGUCCUGUGCGCGCUGUCCGUGGCGCACGAGAAGCAGAUUCUCGCCGACAGCCUCUACGGCGGCGACGUCGUCCUGAAGAAUGAGCGGGAGAAGAUGGUCGACGAGGCUCGAAAACUCUUACAGGAGGAGGCGACGCAGGGUGUGAAGCAGGUGGUCUGGAUGCUGCCGGGCGGCGAGUUUAGGAGCGAGUACCAUGACCGCCACGGUAAGGUCUGA